CUGGUGGCCGUGCUGCUCCUCGCGGCGUGCCACCUCGCCUCCCGCCGCUACCGAGCCUCCCAUAGGUCCCAGCCAUAUGAUCUGGCAGGCCUGGCUUUGGCUCAUCUGCAGUGGCUCCAACAGAAGUCAGCCACUUUCAUGUGUGAAGGAAAACCAGCAGUAUUGAAGCAUUAAUUUGUGGUCAUUUUGAAGAUGAUUUUCUAACUAUCAUUAAUCACUUUAUGUUAGUUUGGUAUAAGAUGAGAGUAAUCUAACUCGAUUUUGUCUCUGUGAAGUAGUGAAGAUAAAUGUCAUAACUGGUGCUCUAGUGCUAAAGGCAAUGAUUCAUGUGAAUACCUUCUCUCAAGUGGCAGAUUUCUUGGAGAGAAAGUUUGGCAACCUCACAGUUGCAUGAUGCAUAAAUACAAAUUCAGUGAAGCAAAGAACUGUCUUGUAGAUAAACAUAUCGCAUUUGUUGGAGAUUCCAGAAUUCGUCAGUUGUUUUAUUCUUUUGUAAAAAUAAUCAAUCCCCAAUUCAAAGAAGAAGGAAAUAAGCAUGGAAACAUUCCUUUUGAAGACAAGAUUGCAUCAGUUAAAGUGGAUUUUUUGUGGCAUCCAGAAGUUAAUGGUUCCAUGAAACAGUGUAUCAAAGUGUGGACCGAGGAUUCUGUUGCAAAACCCCAUGUGAUUGUAGCAGGAGCUGCCACAUGGUCUAUCAAGAUUCACAAUGGUAGCAACGAAGCGCUUUCCCAAUAUAAAAUGAACAUUACCUCCAUAGCCCCACUUUUAGAAAAACUGGCAAAGACUAGUGAUGUUUAUUGGGUCUUACAAGAUCCUGUUUAUGAAGAUUUAUUAAGUGAAAAUAGGAAAAUGAUCACUAACGAGAAGAUAGAUGCCUACAAUGAAGCUGCAGUCAGUAUUUUGAAUAGUAGCACCAGAAAUUCUAAAUCAAAUGUUAAGAUGUUUAGUGUUUCCAAAUUAAUUGCUCAAGAAACCAUCAUGGAAUCUUUGGAUGGCUUACAUCUCCCUGAAUCAAGCAGAGAAACUAGUGCAAUGAUUCUUAUGAACGUGUAUUGCAAUAAGAUUUUGAAGCCUGUAGAUGGUUCCUGUUGUCAACCUCGGCCUCCUCUUACUCUCAUCCAGAAGCUAGCUGCUUGUUUUUUCACUUUAUCUAUUAUCGGAUAUUUAAUUUUUUAUGUAAUCCAUCGUAAUGCUCACCGGAAGAAUAAGCCAUGUACUGAUUUGGAAAGUGGAGAGGAAAAGAAAAAUAUUAUCAAUACCCCUGUGUCUCCAUUAGAAAUACUUUUACAGUCUUUCUGCAAACUUGGCCUGAUAAUGGCUUAUUUCUAUAUGUGUGACCGUGCGAAUCUAUUUAUGAAGGAAAACAAAUUUUAUACACAUUCAACUUUCUUUAUUCCAAUUAUCUACAUCUUGGUUUUGGGAGUAUUUUACAAUGAAAAUACUAAGGAGACUAAAGUGUUAAAUAGAGAACAAACAGAUGAAUGGAAAGGCUGGAUGCAACUUGUGAUUCUGAUUUAUCAUAUCUCUGGAGCAAGUACAUUUUUGCCUGUGUAUAUGCACAUCCGGGUUUUAGUUGCUGCAUACCUAUUUCAGACAGGGUACGGGCAUUUCUCAUACUUUUGGAUCAAAGGAGACUUUGGAAUUCAUAGAGUCUGUCAGGUCUUAUUUCGUCUCAAUUUCCUGGUAGUGGUGUUAUGUAUAGUAAUGGAUCGACCUUAUCAAUUCUAUUACUUUGUCCCCUUGGUCACUGUAUGGUUCAUGGUCAUAUAUGUUACUCUGGCGCUAUGGCCACAAAUAAUCCAAAAAAAAGCAAACGGAAAUUGUUUCUGGCAUUUUGGCUUACUGUUGAAACUAGCCUUCUUGCUGUUAUGUAUAUGUUUUUUGGCAUAUUCUCAGGGUGCAUUUGAGAAGAUCUUUUCUCUUUGGCCAUUGUCCAAGUGUUUUGAACUGAAAGGGAAUGUAUAUGAAUGGUGGUUCAGAUGGAGGUUAGACCGUUACGUAGUCUUUCAUGGAAUGUUGUUUGCUUUCAUCUAUCUGGCUUUACAGAAGCGUCAAGUACUUUCUGAAGGAAAGGGUGAACCUCUUUUUUCAAACAAAAUUUCAAAUUUUCUAUUGUUUAUUUCAGUAGUUUCUUUCUUGACCUAUUCCAUCUGGGCUAGCAGUUGUAAAAACAAAGCAGAGUGCAAUGAACUCCACCCAUCUGUAUCUGUGGUACAGAUUUUAGCUUUCAUCCUAAUAAGGAAUAUCCCUGGAUAUGCCCGUUCCGUUUAUAGCUCAUUUUUUGCUUGGUUUGGAAAAAUUUCAUUAGAGCUAUUUAUUUGCCAAUAUCACAUAUGGCUGGCAGCCGACACAAGAGGCAUCUUGGUACUCAUACCUGGAAACCCUAUGCUCAACAUCAUUGUCAGCACUUUCAUAUUUGUUUGUGUGGCACAUGAAAUUUCUCAGAUCACUAAUGAUCUUGCACAGAUUAUUAUUCCUAAAGAUAACUUGUCUCUGUUGAAAAGGUUGGCAUGUAUAGCUGCAUUUUUUUGUGGACUCCUCAUCUUAUCGUCGAUUCAAGACAAAUCAAGACAUUAGGUUACUAAAAUCCUAAGAAACUUAAACUCUCCAGGCUAAUUUUGUGUCUGCCUAGAGGAGAAAUGCAUCUAUCUGGAGAUAUAAAUGUAUAUGUAAAUUAAAAACUUGUUUGGCAAGAGGACAGCUCAGUGGCGUCUGUUGAACAUGUGUGGUUGUAUAUAGUGGAAAUGUACAUCUCCAAUGUGAAAUACCGAAAAAAAAUUGAAGCAGAGUGCAUUGUAUAGGAUUGCAUGUGAAAUGUCUUUUCUACUGGAUCUAUAUAUCCAUUUAUAAAUCAUUUUAAGUUAACAUGAAGGCAGGGAAAUAAUUACGUUUCCAGUAAAAACAUAAUUAGCUUAGUGGCACCACUGAGGUUUUGAUAUUUACUAAAUUUGUGGUAAUAAGAUUAUCUAUAUUAUCUAUCUGUAUUCAUCAUGGAACUUCCUACUUAGCUGAAAACUUUCUUACUCAAGAAUGACUGCAGUAUUGUUUUCUUACCAUAAGUGCAAUGAUGUGGGACGAUAAACAAGUAUGCCUUUAAUUUAUAUAUGUUCACGUUCUGAUGUUAGCUGUUUCCUGACAUGAUUUUUCUUUCCCAGCCUUGGUUUUUCAGGUAUACCUACGUCUUUGUACCCUUUGUCUCACAGAGUUGUUCUAGGCUCUGUGACAGGGUUUUGUCACUGUUGUUGCUUCUUUUUAUAAAAGGCCAAAUUUUCUUUCCAAUCCAGACACCCAUCUGUUUCCUUUCUUUAAGCUAUACCAAUGUAAUACCAGUUACCCUGUGGAUCCAUGUAGUAUGUUUUCCUCCAACUCAUUAAUUUCUCUCUUAUUUCCAAUGUUUGGAAAGCUCUUUAUAAUCAUCUUAGUAUUUCCUAUUACUCCCUCCCUGCUAUUUUAAAAAGAAAUAUUUAUCAGUCUAACUUGUGCAGUGUAGUAAAGAUUCAAGCUGUUGACGGAGAUGUAUAGUCCUAAGUAGAAUUUUAAGUAACUGGGUGACAAUGGGCAUAUGUGUUUUUCAUUUUGUCUUGUUACAAGCUAACUGUUAGAGGUAUAAAUUUAUUUAUCUGUUGUACAGAUUUGACUAUAAUGUUUAAUGUCUGAAAGAUUGCACUUGUUUGCUCUUAUUGUGCGUGGGAUAAAGUAUAUUUUCUGUUCCUGGUAUAUGAAUAUAUGGAGUAAUUUAAACAGUAAAUAAACAUUCUGUGGAUGCUUA